GCAGGUUGAAGUCUGGAUGACUGAAUGUGACUGGAGAAAGUGAAGGACAGUGGAGUAUCUCCACUAUUCAGUUCUAGGUGAAUAAAAGGGGACUGGUUCAGAUAAAUGGAUCCAAAACUCAAACAUGGACCCUCAGACAGAAGAGUGCAGAACCAUGGCUGUUCCACAGGAUCCAUCAGUGUUUCUAUGAAGAGUGACGUGUCCAAACGAUCAAACCCAUACUUCAGUAACGAACAUGGACCAUCAGACCCAAAUAUUCAUAACCACAGACUUUCCCAAGGAUCCAGCCGUCUUUCUAUGAAGAGUGACUUAUCCAAAGAUGCUCCUCCAGACUUAAGUACCGACCAGGAACCAUCAGAACAAAAAUGUAGGAAGAGAACUGGUGUCUGUGAUAAAAAGGCACUUUCGUGUUUUAGUUUGUUUCAGGAGGUCACAAAAGAUCUUGUCAAAAACAACUGUGGACACUGGAACCAGUUUGCUGUAUCAGGACCCUCCUCCUGUGUCCAGUGUGGAAAACGACCCAGAACCACAUUUUUACAAGAUGUUGGUCUGCAGCAGGUUCUAGAGGAACAUAAGAUCAGUCUGAGGAGGAGAUGUGAAUGUGUGACUGAAGGAAGUGAUGAAACAGGAAGUAGAACCCUCCUCAACAGGAUCUACACUGAUCUCUACAUCACAGAGGGAUGGAGUGAAGAGGUUAAUACCCAACAUGAGGUGAAGCAGCUGGAGAGAGCUUCCAAGAUCCAGAACCUCCAUGACUCUCCAAUCAGGUGCCAUGACAUCUUUAAAUCCUUCCCUGACCAACAUGGAGCCAUCAGAGUGGUUCUGACCAACGGCGUCGCUGGUGUUGGAAAAACCUUCUCAGUGCAGAAGUUCACUCUGGACUGGGCCGAGGGCUUGGAGAACCAGGAUGUCAGUGUGGUGGUUCUGCUGUCGUUCAGGGAGCUGAACCUGAUCAGAGAUCAGCAGCACAGUCUUCUCUCGCUGCUCCAUGUUUUCCAUCCAACACUCCAGAAGCUCCCAGCAGAGCAGCUGGCUGUCUGCAAACUGCUCUUCAUCUUUGAUGGCCUGGAUGAAAGCAGACUUUCACUGGACUUCAGCAGCAGUCAGCUGGUUUCUGACGUCACACAGAAGUCAUCAGUCAACGUUCUGCUGACAAACCUCAUCAGGGGGAACCUGCUUCCCUCGGCUCUCAUCUGGAUAACUACCAGACCUGCAGCGGCCAAUCAGAUCCCUCCUUCAUGUGUUUCCAGGGCAACAGAAGUACGAGGCUUCACCGACGCCCAGAAGGAGGAGUACUUCAGGAGGAGGUUCAGUGAUGAAAAGCUGUCCAGCAGAAUCAUCUCCCACAUCCAGACCUGCAGGAGCCUCCACAUCAUGUGUGGAAUCCCAGUCUUCUGCUGGAUCACUGCUACGGUUCUGGAGAACAUGUUGACCUCAGAGCAGAGAGGAGAGCUGCCCAAGACCAUGACUGACAUGUACUCACACUUCCUGCUGGUCCAGACAAAGAGGAAGAAGAACAAGUACCAUGGAGGACAUGCAAGGACCUCACAGGAACUGACGAAGGCUGAUAAGGAAGUUCUUCUGAAGCUGGGGAGGCUGGCGUUUGAACAUCUGGAGAAAGGAAACAUCAUGUUCUACCAAGAAGACCUGGAGCAGUGUGGUCUGGAUGUCACAGAGGCCUCAGUGUACUCAGGAGUUUGUACAGAGAUCUUCAAAAGAGAGAAUCUGAUCUUCCAGAAACCAGUUUACUGCUUUGUUCACCUGAGCAUCCAGGAGUUUCUGGCUGCAGUUUACUGUUACACCCAAAGGAACACUGAGUUGCUAAGAAGCUUUCUGGGAAAAAACAAAUCCAAAUCUCUGGAUGACUUCCUGAACCAAAUCAUGGUGAAAUCCCUCAGCAGUAAAAAUGGCCACCUGGACCUGUUUGUUCGCUUCCUUCAUGGCCUCACUGUGGAGUCCAACCAGAACCUUCUAGGAUCCCUGGUGGGUCAGAGAAAGACUGGUCCAACAACUCGUCAGAAAAUCAUAAAAAAUCUGAAGGAGAUGAACACUGAUAGAAUCUCUCCUGACAGAAGCAUCAACAUCUUCCACUGCCUGGUGGAGAUAAAUGAUCUCUCAGUUUAUCAGGAGAUCCAAAAGUUUCUCAAAUCCAAGAAGAAAUCAGAGAAGAAGCUCUCAGAGAUCCAGUGUUCAGCUCUCGCCUACAUGCUACAGAUGUCAGAGGAGAUUAUGGAUGAGUUGGACCUGAAAAAGUACAGUACAUCAAACGAGGGGCGUCUGAGACUGAUCCCAGCUGUAAGGAACUGCAGAAAGGCUCGAUUUGUCAGAUGUGAAUUAUCAGACACCCAUUGUGAGGUUGUGGCUUCAUCUUUGAGGGCCAACCCCUCCCAUCUGACUGAACUAGACCUAAGUUGCAACAAACUGGGAGACUGUGGAGUGAAGCUUCUGUGUGAUGGACUGGAGAGUUCAAACUGUAAGCUAGAAAUCUUGAGAUUGGCAGACUGCAGUUUGUCUGAGACCAGUUGUGAUUCUCUGGUCUCGUCUAUGAAGUCCAGCCCCUCCUAUCUGACAGAAUUGGAUAUAAGCAAGAACAAAUUAACUGACGAUGUUGUGAAGAAGCUUUGCAAUUUCCUGAAGAACACUACCUACAAGCUGAAGACUCUUAGACUGUGGGGCUGCAGUUUGUCAGAGCGCAGCUGUACUCUGCUCGGUUCAGCUCUAAAGUCGAACCCAUCACACCUGACAGAACUGGAUCUGAGUCAGAACAAAGACCUGGGAAACGCUGGAGCGGAUGAGCUGUUUGGCUUUCUAAAGAGUCCACUCUGUAAACUAAGCAUAUUAAAUUUGAGGAACUGCAGCUUGUCAGAGAUCAGCUGUUCUUCUCUGGCCUCAGCUCUGAAGUCCAACCCGCCCCAUCUGACUGAACUGGACCUGAGCUACAACAACCUGAGAGAUUCUGGAGUGAAGGAGCUCUGUGGUUUUCUAGAGACUCUUCUUUGUAAGCUGCAGAAACUGAGAUUGAACAACUGUGGGCUGUCAGAGAUCAGCUGUUGUUCUCUGGCCUCAGCUCUGAAGUCCAAACCCUCCCAUCUGACUGAACUGGAGCUGAGAGACAACAGCCUGAAGGAGUCAGAUGUUCAGCAGCUGAAGGAUCUUGUAGAAAUUGUAAGGUGGAGAUGGGACUGAUCUCUGUAAAGUAGAGAAUCGUCUCUGUGUCCUGCUGAUCCUCAGAGGUUGAAGCUGCAGCAGUUUGAGUCUGAAGAGACUCUGAUGAACUCUGAGAUGAAAGAUUUUCAUCCUGUCCAUUUUCUCAUGUCUUUCAUUUUGUGUCUGAUCUUUGGAUCAGUGAAGAUGUACUGGAAAGUUGAUUCAUUUUUGUCCUGUAA